CGAGCAUAUUAAAAUGGAGGUUGUGUAAUACAGAAGAAGUGUCAAAAUUUUUAUUAAUUUUAUAAAUAUUCAUUAAAGUUGUACCAUUCCAGCAAGUUUAACGAUAAUUACACUUGGUUUGUGUUGUGCAGUUCGUUGACGUGUUAUUAACUUAUUUAAUUUAAGAAGGGUUAUUUCUAAAGUCGGAGCAAUGCCAGGCCCUAGCGACACCCCUGCCUCUACGAGGCUUACAAACGAUGAUUUUCGUAAAUUACUUAUGACCCCAAGAGCGACUCCGUCUAGUGCCCCAGCUGCUGGAUCAGUUCGUGAAGCUAUGGCCAAUUCUUCAUCAACGGAGCCUCCUAAAGACGACAAAGGAGAAGCGAGACGAAAGAAGAAAAGCUAUUAUGCCAAACUGAAGAAACAGGAGGAUAAUAAAUUAGCCGAGCUUGCGGAAAAAUAUAGAGAUAGGGCUAGUGAAAGAAGAACCGGUGCUAAUCCUGACUACCAGACUUUAGACCCUAUGAAUGCUGCACAAGCUUAUAGAGCUGUUGCACCAGAUUUGAAAUCAGGUUUUGAUGCUGCAGAACGUCGAAAGCAAAUGAUUCAAGAAUCCAAAUAUUUAGGAGGUGACAUGGAACAUACUCACUUGGUCAAAGGUUUGGACUAUGCAUUAUUGCAAAAAGUUCGUGCAGAAAUUCAACAAAAAGAAGCAGAACAAGAGGCAGAGUUAGAAAGGCUUGCAAAUAAACCCUUGGAGGAAAAAGAAAAAAAAGAUGAACAUAAAAGAGAUGAAGAUGAACUGCAGUUUAAAACAAAAAUUGGCAGAACAAUUCACAAAACUAUCUGUACAUUGAAAUCAAGACAUAUUGAGAAAAACGAACUUUUCGUUCAAGGAAGAAUGGCAUAUGUUAUUGAUCUAGAGGACGAGGCUGAUAGCGACAUUCCAACAACAUUAAUAAGAUCGAAGGCUGACGUUCCGUCUUUGGAAAACACUGCAACUUUGACGACCAACGAUAUAGUUAUAAACAAACUAACUCAAAUUUUAAGCUACUUGCGCCAGGGUAGCAGAAGAAACAAAAAAAGCAAGAGGGGUAUAAUUGAUCGUAAGGACAUUAACGGUGAAAUAGUCGAAGAAGAGGAAAAUGCGAAAACUGAAAAGAGACAGAAAAUUGACGAUUCUAUUUACGGAGAAAUAGGAGACUAUGUUCCCACGGCUCAUGGACGUGGUGAGCUAUCUCGUGAGAGUAGAAAACGUCAGCCAUACUUCGACAAAAGGGAAGACGAAUUGAUAAGGGAUAGCGGUCCAUCAUUCAGAAUUAAUAAAUCUGCACAAAUACUCAAUAAACUUGCCCAGGAACCUGAAGGUUAUGCCGAAUGUUACCCGGGACUGGAAGAAAUGAACGAUGCUAUAGAUGAUUCAGACGACGAGGUCGAUUAUUCUAAAAUGGAUCUUGGUAAUAAAAAAGGUCCCAUUGGACGAUGGGACUUUGACACCGCUGAAGAAUAUUCUGAGUACAUGAAUCAAAAAGAAGCAUUACCUAAAGCCGCCUUCCAAUACGGCAUCAAGAUGACGGAUGGACGAAGGUCAAGAAAACACAAGGAGAAGAAUGAAAAAGCUCAUCUUGAUCGGGAAUGGCAAAAAAUACAGAAUAUUAUCAACAAAAAGGUAGUUUAAGUUCAGCAUGCUUUUUUCUAUUUUUUUUUUUAAUGUUUUCGUCGAUGCGAUUUAUAGUAUCGAUAUUGCUGGAAUUUGUUUAAAUGUGCAUAUAGCAUACACUAAUAAGAAAAGUAAAUCUUUAAUAGUACAGUGUAAAUAUCGAUAGAUUAAAUCGAUUAAUUUACAUACUGUAUUUAUUAAAAGAAAAAUAACGUUUCCUAAAUUAAAGAUAAAUUGCCUUUUUUGUUCACAUGUGAAUGAAUUAAAAAUAUGUAUAUGUAUAUGAUAAAUAAUAAGUCUCUAUUCUUAGCUGUA